CUUCCGGUGCCCCAACAAUUCUUGAGGCCCAAUCUAUCCGGCCCACCUAAACCUCCUCCGGCGACAGCGUUGGCGAGUGGAGAAGGGCACGGCGGCCGUGUAGCCUGGAAUCUCCGGUGCUCCUCCGGCGAGCGGCGGCGAUGGACGGGGGCGGCGGCGAUGCCGUGGACGGGGAGGCGAGCGGCGCCCGGUUCGAGUGGGACGAGGACUCGCAGCUCUACUACCACGCCAGUACUGGGUUUUACCAUGACCCCGUCGCUGGAUGGUACUAUAGCGGUAGAGAUGGUCAGUACUACAUCUAUGACAAUGGAAAUUACGUGCCAUGGACACCAGAUGCGGGCAAUGAACCCAAAACACAUAAUCCAUGCGAUGAAUCUAAUCAAGAUUUCCUGGAACCCUCAUCAGGAUUGGAACAAGAUAUACCAGAUAACCAGAAUGAAACACAACGGCCACCAUCAGAAUGGAUGGAGGAAACAUUAAUCAAUAUGUUCUUGUCGGGCUAUUCUAAUGCAGAGGUCAAUGCUGAUAUUUCACUUGGAGACUCACAAAUAAAUGACGGAGAUAGUAGUGAGACAGCUGAAAAUAAACCUGGUAACUUCGCCUCGGAAAAUGCACCAUCCUCUCCAUGUGAUGCUUCCUUGCACCAAACAGAAGAUGAAUUGCAAAAUGAGAAUUCGACAGCCGUGCAUGAAUCUCUGAGUGAAGAGGAAGAGAAAUGGCUUGCUCAGUAUGGUCAGGUAGAGCAAGAAAUUGAUGAUCAACCAUUAUUUCCGAGCAUCGAUCUCUGGGAUUGGGAUAUGGUCAAAGAAUCAGUUAGUAAAGGUCAACCCAUGGCCAGGCUUGUGGGACGUUUAGUUAAGGGUUCUAGUAAGCCUCAUCCUUCUCUGCCUGCUCGUGGUGGCCUUCUAAGAACUGCCCCUGUGCAUGAAGUUCAUCUUGAUCUUGUGCGUGUUUCAUCAGGAAAAAUAUACAGGCUAAGGAACCCUAGCAGGAAAUACUUAGCCUCUUUAUCAUCAUAUGACUCGUCCAACCCAACAAAAGACUGGGGUUUUCCCAACAUAUAUGCCAAUUCCGACAAUGAUUUGGAUAAACAGUCAUCAGCACAGUGCCAAUCGGAAGUCAUGGAUGUAUUUUCUAUGAAGGGUGUUUCAGCUGCUAGUGCCAAGGAGCACAAGAUAAAUGCUUAUAGGGACAGAGCUGCUGAGAGAAGGAUCCUACACCGUGGUAUAGGGAUAGGACCUGGACAGAAACAAAGUAGCAGCACCAAUUUUUAUGAACAUGAGGAAACAAGUGAGGGCAUGGAUCUGAUGGGAGGUGCAUCAGUAGAUAUGAACUUCCGUUCCAGUGGCUUGAAUUCUGCCAAGAAAAUGAUGGAGAACAUGGGCUGGAAGGAAGGCGAAGCCCUUGGGAAGAGCACAAAGGGUAUGGUAGAACCCAUACAGCCUACUGUCAACAAACAUGGUGCUGGUUUGGGGUGGAAGCAAACCCGCUAAGAUGUUUGUAAUCGCUGAACUUUGGUGAUUUCAGGUAUGAAUUCUUCUACAAAAGAAAUGAUGUAACUGAGACUGUUCAUCUCAGAAAUUCGCACCCUUCUUGGAGGACGCUGUGUUUAGUACUACAGGCAGUAAAGAGGCUGAAACUGCUGAUUGUGAGCAAGUAAGGUAUAUAUACUCUAGACUGAUUGAAGAUGAUGAGAUCACAAGGAAAAGAGAGAGGACGAAGGUGGUUAGGACUGUUUUUUAUGCGUACUUUUGGCCUAAUUGCUUUUUAGGGCGGAAAGAAAUAAAGGUCUAAGUUCCACCCCCUCAAAUCCCGGGCACUGCUCCCAAUAUGGUUCUCUAAAGAACAGUGGUCUUGUUGUACUAAUCACUAAAGACGUGGCUUCAUCUGCUCAAGUGUGAAUUUGACCCUCAGCCAUCUCUGUACUCCAUAUUUGAAUGAUGAUUUCACAUUAGUGCAUAAUUGAACAUGAGUUGUCAAUUCCUCCUGAUUUGAUUAUCAGCAACUCGGUGGCUUUUGCUUUGAGUUUUUUUUUCAGAGACUUUGAGUAAUUUUUUGAUUGUAAGAUUCACCAAAGUUUAUACGUUGGGACCCUUGCG